AUGGUAGCAGAUUUAGCUAAAGGUAUGCUAAAAUGGAAAUCGAGAACAGAGUUUGACACCGCCGCAAACUGUUCCUUUUACGAGAAUUUAAAGGCCUUACCUCCCCUCGCAUCACAUAAAAAAUUAACACGAGGUGCUAUUUUCAAUAGUACGAAAUACGAACUACUACAAGUUAAAGAAGAUAUUCUGUCCAUUUACGAUGUUGUAAACAAGGAUAUCAAUGAGGAGCGUAAUCAGAUGCAACAAAUCGAAUUUCAACUAAAAAAAUCUUUGAAAAAAGUAGAACACAAUUACAAGAAGGUCUUAAAGCAAAGGGCUUCUACCAGUGGGAUCAACGGAAAUGACUGUCUACUGAGUAAUGCAGAAAAAAAGCUUGUAGUGUUGGAUGGAGAACUUGCCCGUGUCGAUGCUAUGGUUGAAGAUAUAAUUAAUAUUUUUAUUGCUUUAAAUGACAAGCUCCCGAAGAAGGCACAAUUACUGAAAAAUGACUCUAUAAAUGAAGCUCAUUAUCCUCUGCUCUUUGAUUUUUUGCGUAAGGCAUGCCCAGAAGCUAUCGUUUCUGCUACAGAAACUAUUGUUCAAGAAGAUAACUUGAACUCUUCCCCCUCAGAAGAGGGUGAACUAUUAAUAGAAAGCACAGAUAAUAUUGACGGUGGAAGGGAGCUGCGAAACAAUACUCCGGAUUCUCAUUCAAAAGAUGACGGCGAUAUACCCAAAUAUCAAAAGUUUCUACCCCCUACAUUCAGCAAGAGAAGCGGUCCUUCAAUCGUAACUAACUUUGAGAAUGUUAGUGCAGAUGGCCUCACAUAUACCAAACACUGCUUGAAAGAUACGGCGCCUUUGACUUGA